GGCCCUUCAAUCUCUUGAAGGCUUCCUCUCCCCCACACCCACGAUUGAUGUCUCCGGUCGGUUCGAUCCGAUCCGAUCUUUUUCUCUCGUAACGAGCCGAGAUUAACUCGACAUCAUUCUCUCGGUGUUCCGAACUUUGUAAUCUCUUUGCUCUUUCAGGUUCGGGGCCGUUUCCGAUCGACAUUCCGAUAAAACAAAUAAAAUGAAUUGCUUCCCUUGUUUCUCCUCGCAAAAGAAGGAGGGAGGCAGUAAAAAGGACCACGAUGUUUCCCACGUUGAACAACUGCAACUUCAACAACAAUCCGUACUAGAAAAUAAAGAGGCACCUACAACAGUCCCAGCUGACUAUGACAACAAUAGUUCAAUCAAAGCAUUCAACUUCCGUGAGUUAGCCUCCGCCACUAAGAAUUUCCGUCAAGAAUGCUUGUUAGGUGAAGGUAGUCUCGGCAAAGUUUACAAGGGAACGAUUCCGGCCACCGGCCAGGAGGUUGCCGUGAAACAACUUGAUAGGAAUGCAAUGGAAGGAGGCAAUGAGUUCUUUGUGGAAGUUGGGCAGCUAAGUCUCCUACAGCAUCCAAAUUUGGUCGGUCUUGUUGGAUAUUGUGCUGAUGGAGAUCAGAGGCUUUUGGUUUAUGAAUUCAUGCCUGGGGGAUCCUUAGAAGAUCAUCUGCAUGGAGGAGGGAAGCCAUUAGAUUGGGUUACGAGAAUGAAAAUUGCACAAGGGACGGCUCAAGGUCUACAAUACUUACACGAGAAGGCUAAACCUCCAAUAAUAUACCGUGACCUCAAGUCCUCAAAAGUGUUGUUAGACGAUGAAUUCAACCCGAAGCUGUCGAACAUCGGGAUCGACAAGCUCGGAUCGUCGUCCGACAGCAAGAUGCCGAUGCAGUCGAAGAUGAUGGAUAACAAUGGUUACAAUGCUCCCGAGUGUAUGCAAUCAGGUACCGUCAAUGCACAGACCGAUGUCUAUAGCUUCGGGGUUGUGCUGUUGGAGCUUAUCUCCGGAAGAAAAGCCCUCGACCCUUCCAAACCCGAGGACGAGAAAAAUUUAGUUGCUUGGGCACAACCAAUAUUCAAGGAACCAAAAAAUUUCCCACAAAUGGCAGAUCCUUCACUCAACAAAAAAUUCCCAGAAAGAGGAUUGAAUCAAGCUGUUGCAAUGGCAGCCAUGUGCGUGCAAGAAGAAGCGGCGACGCGGCCAUUGAUCAGCGAUCUAUCUUCGGUCUUAAGUUUCCUUUCAAUGGCCACUGAAGCAAACAACAUCCCUGAAGAUCUCCCUCCUGCAAUCUCAGGAAAAUUGCGGAGCAUGUCGAGAGAUGGCGGAUCAUCGGACGACAACGAUGAAGACAAGGAAACCGAUAACGAAUCCGAAAGCGACGACGCUUCCGCCGACGGAAACGAUGAUCGUUCUCUAAGCCACAAGAGUAGCGGGAGGUCGUUGUCUUCGUUCGGCAGUAGGAGCGGACGAGACCGUUCCUUGAGCCACAAGAAAUCGAGCAAAUCAGUAAACUACUCGACGUACGGCAGCGACGCGUCUGAGAGUAAUUCGGAAGGCGAUGAAGGCAGUGCUUCUUCGAGCAAUGAAAAGGCCAAUGAACAUUCCGAAGACGAUGAUUCGAGCAACGAGAAGGCCGAUGAAAGACGAAACGACAGCAUGAAAUCGAACUCUUCAGCAAAAAAGACUAGAAAGAAAGAAAAAACAUCAAAGGGUAGUAAAAGUAGCAGGAAGAAGAAGAAACCUAAGGACGAAGACGAUUCGUCGCACCAUAGGAGUAGUUCCACAAAAAAGGGUCGCCGGAAAGCUAAAGACGACGACGACGACAACGAAGACGGUUCACAUGGAGGAUCACAGCCUGAAAACUGAAGCAAAAUUGUUGGAGGAACUUAAACACAAGUAGUAACCCUU